UCAGAAACCGAUCGUCGUAUAUUUCUCACCAGAUGACAGACGUGUCUCCAUUCCAAGCAGCACAAACCUUGAUUUUCUCGCUCUCCCCAUCAUAUAUACGUUCCAGCUCGCUACCAAAAGUUUCACUGCAAGAAACCGCAGAGCGAACUGGUGCGCGAGCGGGCAAGCGAGCGGUGGACUGAUCGAGUGAGGACAGAGCGACCCAACAAUGAGAACGAAAGUGAACCUUCUGCUCCUGAUCGCCGUGCUAUGCUAUGGCCUAACGAGCGCAGCUGCUCGUCAUCACCACCACCACCUCCGCCACCGCCACCACUACAAGGAGGAGGAGGAAGGAGGAGGUGACUGGAGGAGCGAGAGGGAAGAGAGAGAAGAGAGGGAGGAGAGAGGAGAGGAUAUGUUCCUGCUGCGGGACUGGAAGCGAGUGGUGCACACGGACGCCGGCGAGAUGAGGGUUCUGAGGAGCUUCAGAAGCCGGCGGAGUGGCGAGAGGACCACACGCAUCGGCCUCAUUGCCAUGGAACCUUGCUCUCUAUUCAUCCCUCAGUAUACCGAUUCGAGCUUGAUCCUCUUUGUCCGCGAAGGAGAAGCAAGAAUCGGGACGACAUACAGAACCGACCCCGUCGAGAGAAGUCUACGAAAGGGGGACGUGUAUAGACUUCCAGCCGGCUCCGCGUUCUACUUGGUGAACACCGGAGAGACACAGAGGCUCCAUGUCUUUUGCAGCAUUGACGUCGACGCAUCUGAGAACUUGCCAAUGAGGAAUUUCCAGUCUUUCUUCCUCGGGGGAGGGCCGAACCCUGCAUCGAUACUCACUGGAUUCGAUCCGCAGACACUGGCCACGGCAUUCAAUGUUUCCAGGGGAGAAGUGGAGGAGAUAUUGUCCAGGGAAAGAGAAGGUCCGAUCGUGCACAUGAGCGAUUCGCACCAGCCGAGCCCGUGGUCCAAGUUCAUGGACUUGGAGGAGCAAGACAGGCUGAGGCGUCUCCAGAAAGCAGUUCGAGAGAACGAGGACGAGGGCGAGGAAGGGCGAACCAAGUGGUCGUGGAGGAAGUCGAUCGAAUUGGUGUUGGGACGCCGGAGGCCGGAGAGUGGAGAUGAGUGGGGACAUCACCAAGCGCCGGACUCGUGCAAUCUCUACGACCGGAGCCCCGAUUUCAGGAACGAUUACGGAUGGAGCGUGGCGCUUGAUGAGUCCGACUACAAGCCUCUCAGGCACUCCGGAAUCGGCAUCUAUCUCGUUAAUUUGUCCGCGGGCUCCAUGAUGGCGCCGCACGUGAAUCCGACCGCGACGGAGUACGGUAUCGUCUUGAGUGGCUCCGGCACGAUCCAGAUCGGGUACCCCAAUGGGUCGUCGGCGCUGAAUGCGAGGGUGAAGGAAGGCGAUGUGUUCUGGAUCCCGAGAUACUUCCCCUUCUGCCAAAUCUCCUCCAAGAGCGGGCCCCUCGAGUUCUUCGGCUUCACGACCUCGGCCCACAGGAAUAGGCCGCAGUUCCUGGCGGGCAGCAACUCGGUGCUCCGGGCCAUGGGCGGGCCCGAGCUCGCCACGUCGUUCGACGUGAGCGACAAGAGGUUGGAGCGGUUGCUCCACGCGCAGAGGGAGUCCGUGAUACUGCCCUCGCCGGAGGCUGCAGGGCGGCCGGAGAAGAGCUUUGACGGCGAUCUGAUCGCGGACUUCUGAAUUUCUCUUGGUGACGAGUGAGAGGAGGUUCAUCUCUGGUGAAUAAGGGAGGGAUUGAAGGAAGAGAGCAAAUGGGAGAUUGUUUGGCGAAAGUUUCCUUCAACUCGAAUUUUUGUUUUGUUGAUUUUCUUUUAUCAUUUGGAAAAAAAAAAAUUUUCCAUCCA